GAUAUCUAUCACCAUUGCGGUUGGGGUUGUUUGAUGAGGGUUGGGGUGGCCGUCUCACCACUUUCUUUGUGUUCCCGCACCACCUCUACAGUACGUACAGUACAGUAUGUACGUACGUCCUGCCGGGUCAACUGUCUUCGCUAACCCCAACUCAAUGCAGCAGCGCAAUGCAGGCCAGGUAAGAUCACGACUCGUGUCGGCGCCAAUACUCCGGCCACAGUCCCCCAAACCAUCGACAAGGACAGACCUACUUCUGUCCCCCACUGGGCCAGCCCCGUCCAAUUUCCCCUCGCCUGUGACCUCGAGUUGCCAACCGGGCCAAUACCGUGGUCCGCACGGACACGAGUGCGUUGGACCCGCCCCAUCGGUGGCGUUUAUCUAAUCCGAUCAUGGCCGCCCAUCGCAUCUCGUUUCAUCUCAUUUCA